UGUGGAACAUGUGCCUCAAGAAAUGCAGUUACGAAGUUUCUGCUGGCUUACUGUAUGUUUAGCGUAGACAGCUUUUAUUUUAACUCUUGUAGUUAUUUUAAUGGUUGCCUUCAUAAACAUAAUUUGAAAGCUUCAAAAUCCAUGCCAAAUGGACGCUGCUAUAAAGAUACAUCCAGGGGUGUCCAAAUGGGAUAUCCGGCAGAAAGUAUGGGACUACAUGGAAGCGAAGAAUUUAGCCAACUUUCCACGACCUGUUCAUAAUCGAAUUCCAAAUUUUAAGGGGGCUGAGCGCGCCUGCGCUCAUGUUUCGACACUUGAGAUAUUCCACAGAACAAAUGAGGUAAAGGUGGACCCGGAUAAACCGUUGGAAGGCGCUCGCCUAGAAGUUCUGCAGGCUGGGAAAACGUUGCUGGUUCCAACUCCUCGCUUACGAACUGGACUGCUCAAUAAGAUCGUUCCUCCCCAGGGAGCGAGCAGGAAGGACCUGCGUGUGUGCUCCACCUCACAGGGUGUGAGGGAAUACAGUGUGCCCAUUGGUUUGGAUGCCAAAAUCACUGUGGACUUGGUUGUGGUUGGAGCAGUUGCAGUAUCUGAAAAAGGAUAUCGCAUUGGGAAAGGAGAAGGUUAUUCAGAUAUGGAGUAUGCCAUGAUGGUGUCUGUGGGAGCAGUGAAGGACCCAGUGGUGGUUUCUGUAGUUCAUGACUGUCAGGUUAUAGAUAUUCCAGAAAACCUGAUUGAGAGUCAUGACCUCACCGUUGAUUAUAUCCUCACCCCAACAAGAGCCGUCAGGACUCGGUGUACUCACCCAAAGCCCCAGGGCAUCAUCUGGGCAAAGCUGGACAGGGACGUGCUGGAGAAGAUCCCCAUCCUGAAGAAAUUGCGCUCCAUGGAGGAGCGGGCCGGGAAAGACGUGACGCUGGGCGGGGUGUCGGCUGGGCGGGCGGCCGGGGGGGCGGCCAGGGGGGCACAGGACAGGGGGGCGCAGGACAGGGGGGCGCAGGACAGGGGGGAGAGUGAGGACGGCACUGGGGGGGUGCAGGACAGGGGGGAGAGUGAGGACGGCACUGGGGGGGCGCAGGACAGGGGGGAGAGUGAGGACAGCACUGGGGGGGCGCAGGACAGGGGGGAGAGUGAGGACAGCACUGGGGGGGUGCAGGACAGGGGGGAGAGUGAGGACAGCACUGGGGGGGCGCAGGACAGGGGGGAGAGUGAGGACAGCACUGGGGGGGCGCAGGACAGGGGGGAGAGUGAGGACACGAGAGGGCCCCAGCAGCAGGGGAGCACCACGCUGUACCUUGGCCUCCCCCCGGGGCUGAGGGUCAGUGAGCUGAAGAGCGCCCUGCGGGGGCGAGGGGCCUCCCCGCUCAGGCUGAGCUGGCAGGGGGCUCAGCGCCGGGCCUUCCUGGAUUACAGCCACGCGCGGGCCGCGGCAGACGCCCUGCGGGCCCUGGAGGGCCUGUCCAUCAGCGGGAAGAGCGUGCGGGUCCAGCUCGCCAGGAGCCGGAGGGCGGGCCGGGCCCCAAACCACGCCCGGACGACGAGGGCCCAAACUGGGGCCCAGACUCCUCGCUCGGUUACAUAAACACACUUAGUCACCCAUCUGCUGCAGAUGCCUCGGUUAUGAAAUGCAGAAGGGGAGGGGGCGGGGGUGCGCUUCUGAACACAAGCCUUCCUUCGCCUGAGAAGAUUUUUCCAUUUUGUUGCGAGCACUAUUAUUAUUAACAUGCAGUACUGUCAGGACAGGGCCCUGGUUCACACUUGAAUUCUGGGAGCUUCUGAUAUCUGUGUUGCCAAUAUGUUUAUUUUAGUCUGGUUUUUUUUGUGAAUUUUCUUUUGUGGACAAAAUAGGGCUUUUAAAUACAGUUUCACUUUACAACCAAGUUGUGCCAAGCAAAUCGGCCCCAGGCUGAACUGGCCAAGACGUGGUUACUAUGUCUGGCACAGUAAUGUUUGAAGCAACUCCACAUGGUAUUUGGUGGAGCUGAAUUAUAAUGUAUUGUCAGUGCAUCAGGAUUUAAGUAAAUGUAAAGACUUAAGUAAUUAUCUUUUAAGUUUUAAUGUGUUGUCAGAAUUUAUUUUCAUGUAUGGUCCUCCCAGUUCAUUUUGGAGUGGUUCUUGACAUUGCGCCAGUGUUGGUCGUAACAAAAAAACUGACGUGGAAAAAAAUGGUUAGCUAUUUAAUGGCAAGAUAAAUAGUGUCAUUUUUAUUUAACCUUCGGAUAACAGGCCCUUUCAUGUCAUAAGGGAGAAUUAAACACUGUAAUACAA